CACACUGUGGGACCUAUUGCAAGAGGUCAGAUAAAUGAACAUCACAACAAGGCCCUUACAAGUUGCUAUAACUCUUCACUUGAACUUGCAAAAGAGAAUAAAAUCAGAUCAAUAGCUUUCCCUUGCAUUUCUACUGGAAUUUAUGGUUUCCCAAAUGAGCCAGCAGCUAAUAUAGCCCUAACUACAGUCAAGGAAUGGCUGAAGAAAAAUCAAGAUGCGAUGGACCGUAUAAUCUUCUGUGCCUUUCUAGAGGUUGAUGUAAAAAUAUACGAGAAGAAAAUGAAUGAGGUUUUUCCAACAGAUGAUGAUGACGAUGAUAAUAAAGAUGAAGAUAAUGAUGAAGAGGAAGAAAAUGUUCAGGAUAAUAAAGAUACAGAUAAAAUAUCAGAUGGCCAAGCAAUAAAAGAGACUGAAAGUGACGAUAAGCAUAAUGAAAAAUCAGAUGAAGAGGAACAAGAUUCUUCUCCAGUUACAUCAGAAGAGGGAACAGUAUUACCCAAGGAAAACAUCUCAGUGGAAAAAAAUGAGGAUACUGCAGAUGAGGAAAUGGGUUCUCAAGCAGAGGAGUCUCAAGGACUCAUCAUAGAUUCAAGUAAUGAUGGAGAUACCCUAAUGGAAUCACAAGAUUUGUUACACAGAUCUGAAGUAGAUGCUAAUGUAGAAACAAUCACCAACAAAUCAGAAGAUGAAGUUAAAGAAACUACACAAGAGGACAAACAAUCUGCUGAUCCUAAGGCCUUAUCUGAUGAUGAGAUGAAUAGUCAAGUGGAAAGCAUGAUGGACAGUCAAGAUGGAUAGUCAAGAUUAAUCAUAUAAACAUGAACAAAAAAAAUAAUGGAAGACGGCUUAAAGCAGUACGAAUCAAUGAAACAGAAUCACCAAUGUACGGCAUUAUAUAAUUAGGGACAGAGACUACAUAGUGUUUGUUCCUUACAGGUCUAAAAGGGUAUGAUGAAAGGGUGUUCUUUGAUUUAAUGGCUUCUAAUUAUGAGUUGCAUUGCAUUCUAUAGAUCUCUUGAAUUAUAUUUCUAUUCAUUUUCUGCAUAUUAUCCAAAGUGUUGGGUUUUUGUCUUAAUUUUCUUUUUAAACUAUAAUCCAUUCCCACUUUACAAUGCAUUUUAGUAAAUUUUUUGCUGACAAUAUGUCAUGAUUUAACCAAUUAAAACAGACUAUAUGAAUAACAUUUUUUUUCAUUUACUUAUGUUACUUAUUCUUUGGGAAUUUGUUCUGGGAAUUAACUUUGUGAUUUUUGCUUGACCAUUUAUUAUUCCAUGUUAGCUGUUAAAAAAUUAAAUAAAAAUUUUGCUCUAUAAGACAUCAAAA